UCUGAUCUCGCAGCAUCUUUUACACCCAAGAUCCCACAACAGAAGUGUCAUGGAAGAGAGACAUGUGGUUGUACAUUGUCAACUGAUACAAUACGGGUUAUACAAGAUAAGACGAGCGACAAAGAUCGAGAACUGUGUUCUGAGUGUUUUGCGUAUUACCAAUGCAAAUUAAAAGUCCAUAUUUCUUGCUGUUGCUGCUAUGAAGAUCAAGCUUCCUUAAGUUCAGUGACUCCAAUAGUCCAACCAAGGUUGCCAAAUUAUGCACGGAUUCAGAAACACAUUGCGGCUGCGCAAUGCAGAGAAGUUCCAGUUCAACACAUAGGUGCAGGAGUAGUGCAAGUAGCCUCUUGCAAGAGAAUGCCGCCUCCACCAAUCAUACCACCAAAGCGUGCUACAAGCACGACUGUGCCAAUUUUCCCUCUGCCGCUUAAUAUCACAACCCAAGUGAAUCUGGGCUACCAAGCUGCCCAUGCACUGUUCAAUGUCAUGCAGCAGCGCUUGAGAGAGUAUGCUCGUACUGGAGCAAAGGGUGAGGUUGUCACUGUGAUGGCAACCAUGAUGACUAGGGUCUCGGGUCGUCGACGAUUGCAGCAUGUUUUUAGCUCGAUAGGAGAGGUACCAGCUCGGAUUGGAGGGCAGGACUUGAAAAACAUCAUGUACAAUACACUAUAUCCAGAGUUUAUCACUUGGUCGAAGGACUACCAUGUCCCUGUUGAGUCCUUCAUUCUCCAAAAUAUGGACUGGGUCGAGCUUGGGGUUCUUGAUCCAGAGUCAGAUGCCAUAUCUUCAGAAUUCUACAAACCUAAUGGACGCAAGAAAGGCAAUCCUAUCGAGUUUAAGGCUUUGACAAUCAGUUUUAUGCUUGAACUUCCCCCCGCCAUACAUUCAACAAUCACUACUCAUAUUGACGACACCCUCAAACAAGAAGGACUUGCAAAAAAGGAAGAAAAAACAUUGACCGUUCAGGCGUUGUUCACAGUGCUGGUCAAUGCAGACAAGAGGAAAGGAAAGGAGCGAGCACAAGUACCGGCAUUAGCAUCUGAUAGUGACGAGCAGCACCCUUCGAUACAGAUCAAGCUCGACAAGCCUCGAAAACUAUUGUUUCUUCCAUCUCAAGUCAACAAAGUGGACUCAUCAAUGUCUGGCAAUGCAACAUAUGAGGACAAUGUCCGGCAUGCAUUUCGAGGGCAACAGGCCCCUAAAGAUUAUUUUCUUAUAAUCUUGAUACCCAUUGGUUGCCGGGGCUUAUGUAUGACUUCAGGCGAUGUUUCUCCCAUCAGUGUGGCCAUCUAUGUCUGCCAAAAUAAGUCCUUCCAAUGCCUAGUUGAGCAAAUCCAAGAUCACCAAGCUUCAGACUCCGGAUUCUUGGCUUGGAUGCAAGAAGUCAUCCCAUCUCAGGCAACCCUCUUCUAUUCUCCCACAUCGUCAUCAUAUCGCGGGUCAUUCAAAAUCAUGCACAAAUGUCCAAUCAAUCCCCUACUGUUCAAGCAAUUUGGAAAGCUGCAAACGCGCAUUGCCAUUAAGCAGGCCUACUAUCGUAAUCCAGAUACUAAUUCUAUACAUCUACGUAGCAUCAACAGCCAGAUCCAUUAUCUUAUCCUUGACAUCCUCUGCAUUCAGUGGGCCAGUGCACUUCUCUCGAUCGUAUAUCAAUUUAUCGACAGUGAGCUCGAGAAGCAUGAGAACCCAUGCCCCCUUGAUAUUCUGCCAUUCCAGUUUGUUAGGGCCGCGCUUGCCAUCUCAAGCUCGGAGUCAGGCCAACACCAGUAUGCCUAUCUUCUUGAAGAACUAAUCAAAGAUUCUAUGGACGAACCAUGGCAAAAGUAUAUCAACAAUAAUUCAGCGGCCCCAAUCCUGCAUGAUAAUGAAGAUGAUCAGCUGCAUAGUGCCUUCUUGGCAUUUUGCCAACACGUACAGUACUGGAAGACCUCAAAAGCGGCGUUUGUGACAGAUUUUCAAGGUGUAGGCAAAGGCCUAUUAUUGGACCCUCAGAUAAUUACUCACCCGGAUUUGGGCCAGGUCUUCAGUAAUGGCAAUCUCAAGGAUACCCAUACCAAUUUUGAGAGGGACCACAUAUGCAACGCCUUCUGUGUGUUUUUCGGAGUGCCGACAACUUACAAUGAUAAUACAGAGAGGCAG